AAACUCAUGUUUAGGAAAAAAGAAAGGAGGAGAAAGCAAAGAGGAGAGAUAAAUAAUGGCCAAUUUUUCUAAAUGCACCUGAAGUAGCCAAAAGGGGGAAAUGGGUUGGAAAUACAAGAAAAUUUGCUGGGUUUAAGUCCAUCUAAUAGUCAUAAAAAUCUGCGGCAAAUGAAUGAGUCUUCAUUUAGUGCAGCUGUAACUAAUAGUCACUCCCAAGCGCUACAAAGUGCGCUGAAUGGCUGAUAUGAUGAUUUUCUCUGUUUUAAAAUGUGCUGUUGGGGAGGCGUCCUUCCCUUUCCACGUUUCUUCCACAUUUGCUGAAGAAGAAGGAAGUUUUUUUAGCCUUUUCAGCUGUAAAACAUUUAGCUGUCUAAGUGGUGGAAUUUAGCCGCACCACAUAUCCGGUUUACUCUUGAUCUGAUCUGAGCCUCAGCAAACCCAAACAAAAUAAAAGCAGAUGGGCCCAAAAUAGUCCAGGAAUACCAUACCAGCCCAGCCCAAGCAAAAUCAAGUGGAUUGUGAAAUUUCACCUCUGAUAUUUUCCGACGAGUGGCGGGUAAUCCUCCCCGAAUUUUUUAUUUUUCUUCCCAAAGCUAAAAACCAGAAAGCUCAGACUCAAUCGAAACAUAAUCUCAAAAGAUCUUACCACAAUACAGCGAACAAACGGUUUCCAUUGAAGCUUUGAGAGGUGGGUUUUUGUCGCAGUAGCUAUGGCUCUUCAAGCCACUUCCUUUAAUCUUGGAGUCGUUUUUUCUGUAUGCUGCACCCCCGGAAAGGCAUCCACCCACCGCUAUCGCCACCGCUCUCUGAUCCGAGCACAGGUGGAACCGUCGGAGAAGUCUGUGGAAAUAAUGAGGAAAUUCUCGGAGCAGUAUGCUCGUAAGUCAGGAACGUAUUUCUGCAUGGAUAAGGGAGUCACUUCUGUUGUCAUCAAGGGAUUAGCGGAACAUAAGGAUACAUUAGGAGCACCACUCUGCCCCUGCAGGCAUUAUGAUGACAAAGCCGCUGAGGUAGGGCAGGGUUUUUGGAAUUGUCCUUGUGUUCCCAUGAGGGAAAGGAAGGAGUGUCACUGCAUGCUUUUCCUUACACCAGAUAAUGAUUUUGCUGGAAAAGACCAGGCCAUUACGUUGGAAGAAAUCAAGGAGACUACAGCGAACGUGUAAUGCUUGAUGUAUUCAAUAUUUCAACAGCACUCCUUUUAACAGCCAUCACUUGUAUAUGGCCCGAGAUGAAAAUUAACAGCAACAAAUUAUAAUUCAGAAGGGUAUUGUUGGUACCGUACGCCAGUGGAUAU